AUAGCAACAAACCGCCAUGUUUUUUACAAGUCGACGAGAAACGAAGCUACUUUAUAGACAUUAAUGCAUUGCAAAUCUUUGAUUUAACAUGACGUAUAUACAAAUUUCACCUUUAAUUGACAUCGAUACGAUGUCUCAUUUUUUCGGCGACUUCUAAAGGUUGUUCAGAGCAGUUCGUAGAGCCUCGGGCCAUCGUAGUUGGCCCCAGAUUUUUGCAUAUCAUGGAGAAAGUGGAGGUGUAUGAGGUGGUGAAAGUCACUGAGGAGGUGGAGAGCUGCUACAACCAAAUGGAGGUGACUACCCCAAAAAAGAGGAAGAGCAAAGCUCAAGAAGAUACUGUUGAGAAACCUAAGAAGCCUAGGUCUGCCUACCUGCUAUACUACUUUGAUGUUCACCAGAUUAUGCAACAGGAAAUACCUAAUCUGCCACAGUCAGAGAUCAACAAGCGAAUCAGUGAGAGCUGGAAAAGGCUUAGUGUGGCUGAGAAAGCCUACUACCUGGAGAAGGCCAAGUCUGAGAAGGAGGGCACAGAUACAUCCUCACUCAGCCCCUCCAAAGAUCUACCAGGCUUCCGCAAGAUCCUCCCUCGAGCCAGCUACUUUCUCUUGUCCAAAGGCUGCCCCUCAAAUCAUCAGACAGGAAGCUCUCAGUCAGAGGCGAGUACGGAGUCGCUGGAUCCUGCAGCAGAAGGAGCCGUGCCCUCGGUCUCCCUCACCCAGGAGUCCCAGUUCACACCUCUAGGGUUGGCCGGUGAGGUGGAACUUUCUGAGCAGACCAUGGAUGUUGAAGAUAUAACUGAGGAAACAGUGGUGGCGUCUCAUCCCACGGCCCUCCAACAAAUCCCCCAGCCCUCUCCUUCCUCUGUCUCGUCCAAAGCUACAGACAUUCAGGGCUCUGCUGACCUCACAGCAAAUGGGGUCACACUGAAAGGAAAUGAGACAAGAGUUGUUGGCACUGGUUAUGGCACGGCAAUGGUGCAGCAAAUACAGAGGGAAACUACACAGGUUGUUGCUAUUAUACCCUCCCAGAACCUGCUGGAGCCCAAAUCUUUGGCAGGUGUCAGCUCUGUGGGCCCAGUGAUGAUGGUCUCUGUAGGAGCCAGUGUGGAACAAAGUGCCAAACCUUCAUAUAAAAUGUCUGUGAAGACAUACACCAGGAGAGGUCGAGGGAGGUGUCUGAAUCCCGGAUGUUCAUUUGUGUACGUCACCCGCCACAAGCCACCAACGUGCCCUGAAUGUGGGAGCAGCUUGGGUGGAAAAUGGAUACCUGCUGCCAAGAAGACACAAGAGAAAGAAGCAGCGUCAAAGCAAGUUCCACAGAAAGCUGAAACCAAGCCUAAAGAAAGCUGCCAACCUACACAGCUCCCUGCUCAGGAGGGGAAUGCUGAUGUCGCUAAAACAAACACCACUGGGAGCAAAAAAGAAGGGCGAAAGCAGCGUGCAGUUCCAGGUGGAAAGCCAGCAGAGGGCACCAGCACCAAGCUCCAGGAACAAACAAAACAACUGAAAGACAGUCCUAAAGGUGCCUCAGUCCAAGGUCAAGACAGAAGCAAUGCCACCAUUCAAAAGAGGCCUGUGAGGCCCAUCCUCCCUGCCUACUAUAACACAGGCCGUGCCUUGUUUCAGAUCAUAACUGUCCCACCUGACAAAGGAAAAUUUCAGACUGCAAACAGAUACAAAUCAUCAACUGUGUCCCGAGAGAGUCUCUCAGGUCUCAAACCCAGCACUUUAAAGCAGCUUGGCCAGGCGGUCACAGAAACCACAGCCAAGCAGGAUUCUCCUGUCUCAGCAGAUGGAAGCCAACCUGUGUCUUCACUGACUGAUAGGAGAGUGAAUAUCCUGUCAGUUGUGCCUUUCAAACAGAACACAGUCUCUACCUUUGACUUGGGACUGUCCACAGCAAGAGGCCGGGGUCGGUGUAAAAACCCAUCCUGUGACUACAUGUAUAAGAAUAGGCACAAACCUGCAAUGUGCCCUAAAUGUGGCUGUGAGCUGACCCAGAAGAACACCAAGGGAGCAAAGUCUGGAGCUCUGCUGGAUCCAUACCAGGCCCUGAGUCCUGCUCAGAGGGAUACCCAGCGGCAAAAUACGCUGCAGCUGCUGCGCCGUUCCCUGCAGAUUCCCGAAAACGAGACUGAGCUUCAGGAAACAUUAAACCUCAUCCAGGAGCUCAACAGUCUCCAGAUAAUCUUGGUUCAACCAGGCAAUCAGGAGCCUGAAGACAGUGUAGGGACGGAGACGCUGGUUGAGUCUGGGUGGCCUCAGUUCUACGAAUCAGCAGCCACUCACUGUGGCCUGUGUAACUACCCUCUCUUCAAAGGAGGUCAGAGUACUAUUGCAGGACAGGAGGACUGCUGGCUGCUCACUGAGACACUGAUCCAGACAGCUUCUCUCCAGCUCAAGGUGUGUCUCAACGUUCAGUGUCUGGCUCUGCACAGCUUCACUGACCUGCAUCCAGGUUUGUUCAACAUUGGGAAUAGACUACUGGUGAGUAUUGACCUGUUUUUGAAGAUCAGGGCAAACAUCAAACUGGGUCAAACUCCCUCUCAAGCAGCCAGGACUAUACUGGACCACAUCCCCAAUCACCCUGUCCACGCACUUAGUCCAGAAGAGUUCUCUCAAAUUCAAGAGCAUCUCCUCAGUGGCUACUGGGCCUUUGAGUGCCUGACGGUGCGAGAUUACAACGAUAUGAUCUGUGGCAUUUGCGGUGUUGCUCCUAAGGUGGAGAUUGCACAAAGAUACACAAACAAUGUGCUGGAGCUCAAGAAUGUGGAGUUUACCUGGCCUGAGUUUUCAGUCUCAGAUGAGGUACACGUGGAUGACUUUUGGCUGACCAUGGAGAGUGAGGCUAUUGAGCAGGCAGCUUUCCCCACCGACAUCCCUAUCACACGUGUGGAUGCUUCCAUCAUCGCCCCCUUCAUCCCCCCUCUGAUGAGGAGUCCCACUGUUAUCAACACAGAGAAAGACAAGGCCUUGUCACACACACAGCAGCCAUCAGGGGAUCCGUCAGUUUUGGUGCGUCUCAUUCAUGAUGGUCAGCUGAGACUCGACAAAAUUGAGGAUCACAGUGAAGACGAGCUGAGAACAAUACUGGACGGCUGCAGGGCGACCGUCACCCCAGGUUCUACUAAGAAUGAGCUGCUGGCUUCGCUCAUCUCCUUGUACACACUGGUUCAUAGCGGCCUCUCCACUGCCCCACAGCCUCCUUCACACCUCACUGCUGGCAAGUUGUCCAAGGUCUGCCCCCACAAGGUGGUCUGCGGCUCUAAGUACUUAGUGAGAGGAGAGACGGCUCGAGAUCAUGUCGACCUGCUGCUGUCCUCUCGCUACUGGCCCCCAGUCUAUGUCAGUGAUUGCGCCCGUCAGGUGGCGCUCUGUACAGACAUGCAGUAUCCAGAGCUGGCAACCCAGAUGUGGGGCAGAAACCAAGGCUGCUUCUGUGACCCCUUUGAAAAACCAGAGUUUGUCUCUUGCGCUGAGCUUCAAGACCAGUCGUACAGUGCAGAUCUUUCCUUGGUAGCAGAGAACCAGCAGGUCCAUCCCAUCACCAAAUCUUCUUCUUGCUGGCUGGUUCACCCUCCUGCGGCGAGACAGGCCCCGGAGCCUCCUGCUCCAGAGCACCACUCAAUGUCCCUCUGCAAAGACCUGGAGCCCUACGUCAGCCUGGUCGUUGAGCUGGAGAAAGAGAAGGAGGAGGAGAGUGACGAGGGGGCAGAGCAGAAGGAGCAGGAAAGCAAAGCUGAGAAAGACUCUGCAGAGAAAUCAGAGGACUGUCCCUCGGUGAGCCGUGCACGGUCGCGGCCUGUGGUUUUCAGCAACACAGCCUAUUACUACCUAUACAACCGUCUCGUAGAUUUCCUCACCAGCAGGGACAUCGUGAGCCAGCAAAUCAACCAAGUGGUGAAGGCCUGCCAGCCUGGAGAGGUGGUGAUCAGGGAUGCUCUGUACCGGCUGGGAGUGGCACAGAUCAACACAGAGAAAGUGGAAGAGGAUGAAAGUGGAACUGAUAGGCAGACACAAGAAGGAGGGACAGAGACAUACGAAGUAGUCCUGCCUGAAUAAAAAUGUUGAGGAUGGAUCAACAGGCAGACAGUGUGGAUGGACUGAAUGUAUAGACGGCUGCAUGCAAAGAGAUGAGCGCAGAAAAUAGGAGAGACAGCCAGGAGGGAAAGGAGGUGUCAUAAGGAGAAAUGAAAGUGCAACCAGAAGGGUCCAAAAGAUUUAAGUGCAAAGCCAGAGAACGACUGAGGGAGCAGAAAGCACCAGAGAGUAUUUCACUGUGCACUUCAUCGCUUAUACACUGUUGACAGAUUUUUACUAAAGAGAGGAAAUAAGCUAAAUGUGGGUAAAGUGGGUUAACUUUUGCAGAAGUUACUGCUGCUGAAAUGACUGCUGAGUGGUCAGCAGUGUUGACUGUGAAGAUACUAAUACAGACAUACAACUUAAGAUCACAGGUUACAAGGUCAUUUUUAAACAUAUAUAACAGUGAGUGUGAGAAUAAGUAUAAAUCAGUAUGGUGGCGACUGAAUGUAAAACAUGAUCAUAUCAGAUGACAAAAAGAAUGCAACAAUCUUUUUUGUUUUUACCAGUGUGGUGCCAAGUAUAAAAAGAUGUGAAAGUUUAUGUGAAGGUGAUGUAAACUUGAGUCCUAAAUCUAAGUCAGUGCUUUCCUGUGACUGAAAGAAUGUAAACAACUUAAUAACUUAAUAACUCAGCUACUUCAACUUCAACUACAUGUUAAUAUUUAAGCAUGAAUAGUAUGGUGUAUUUAUUGCCCUUUUAUGUCCGGAGACAUUUCUGCUUUGUGUGUCACACUCUUACCUCCCACCUGCCACUUGUUGCCUUUUGGACUGAUGUUUGCUUUUGAAAAAUGAUGAUAAAAUCUGGUUAUUGUACUGUCUCAUAAUGUGAUGAUGGACCUUAUGGCCUUUUGCUUUAUUUUGUGUCUUCUCAGUGGAGAUCCACUCAAGGAUGCAUUCAGUCAGUUGUCUUAACACGUGUCAACCAAUCAGCAGUCAGCCUUUGAGAAUCAACUUAAGAUAUUUAGUGAACUUGCCAACUUGAAGUACUUUAUAACUAACCUGUCUUUUUGUUGGAAAUGAUCACUAAUGCUUUUGCAAUGCGCUAACAAACCUUUCUCAGAGCAUUGAGGCUGCCGAAGCAGAAAAUUGGUUUCAUUUACUGAAGCCUUAGGGAUGCCUGUGGGUUGGAAGAAAAUAAAGCAGCCAAGUUUUCUUUGUAGAUAAAGAAAAUAUAUAAAUAGCUGGACCAAUGCAGUCCUGUAAAUUAAACUGCUGAUGCAACAAAUAAAUGAAAUGAAUGACUUUGGAUUUCUGGUCUGCUUUACCAAAUGUGAGUCAUUAAGGUAAUUGAAUACAAAUCAUUGUCUAAUAUAUUAUGACUACUGCCUACCAAGGCACUUGCACAAUCACAUGUGGCUAUUAGUAACAUUUAAAAAGUAUGGAGAAGCAACAUUUCUCUGACUGAACUUCACAAUGCAACAACUGUGAGGAGGUUUGUCAUUCAUAUCCUCAUUAAGACUACCCACCAGAAUUACUAUCAUUCCCCAUACCAGUCAUGUGAUAUGAAAAGAGGCUUCAAACAUCAUCGAUGUUAUGGUUAUCUUAAGCGCCAUGGAGCAGAAAAAGCUCCUGAUUGUGUAAAGAACAGGAUAAGCAUGUAGAGAUGCACACUUAAAACAAACAUUUUAUAAUGAUGACCCCAAUUAAUGUGUGUGUGUUUUGUGUGUGUGUGUGUUUUUUCUUUGUGGAUUGUGGAUUUACAGGAAGUGUAUAUAAAGGACUCAGAAGACUUUGACUUCACUAAGUGCUUUUGCUUUGUUUUUUUGUUUUUUAAUAAUUUGCUGAAUAAUAUUUUGCAUGCAAUAUGAUGAAUCACUAUGGGCUAACUACUACUACAACAUGACAAAGCUAUCCAUUUCACUCUGGCCUCAUUUUUUGGCCAGUUGGCAAAUAUAUCUUUAUACUUUCACAACAUGAGGAAGAACUUUGACUUGAGUUGACUCUAUCAGUCUAAUAAAGGUUAAUGACCAACACAGCUAUACAACACACAUUUAUUGUAUAGGAGAAAGGAGAGACAUCAAGACAAAGCUCAGUAAUGUUUGUUUGCACUACUGCUGAGUAUCUGUGGGAAAGAGUACCACAGGGCUCUGGCAGAGCAACAAAGGUACUGUGGUGAUAAUUAUGCUUCAUUCAAACUCAAUAAUAUCUCUGAAAAGAGGUAUUAAAGGUUGUUGUACUUCAGCAAGUCUGGCACCUCAUAAAGUAAAAACAAGGGUCUGUGAGUGGGGAGGAAAAGCAUUUAGACUUUCGGUGGCCUCAGCGACAAGGAUGAAUACUUCCCUACAAAGAUUUCAUAGUUGUGCAAUGUUGACGGAUACUGUGGGAAAUGUUCCAGAGGAAAUGCAGAUUGGACAUUGUCCAGCAGAAAAUAGGAAGUGAGGAGAGAAGGCCACACAGUUUGUAUCAGCACAUUUGUGUACAACAGAGAAAAAUGUAUGUUAGAAAUAUCUGACAUAUACAGUACAUAAUUCUGAGAGUAGAUUAACUUUACAUUGGAAUCUGGAGUUUCAAUGGUAAAGCUUUAUUCAACACCUCUGCGGUUUUUCAGUGAUUUAAUUUGCAGCUUUUGCAUUGAUUGUGUCAUUUGCACAAAAAACACACAUAUAUAUAUGAAAUAUUGAUGUACUACUGUCUACUCUACAACAUUCCAGCGAAAAUAAAGAUAAUUCUUGAUUUACAUCAUGAGAUACAGUAUAUACAUUAUUAGACAUCUCACUCCAUUCAGAUGCAAGCACAUUUGAAAUGCCUAAAGUCAACAAAUUUGCAGUCUGUAUCUCUCACAUAGCUUAUAUGUUAUUCUAAAAUCUUCAUACGGUUGGCAGUGUAGGCUGACGGCUACAUACAGUAUAGACAUCGGAGAAGCUUACAUCCUAACACUUACAUCUAACUUUACAGAAAAUGAGAUGAUUAAGUUGUACCGUGCCAAAAAAAAACAAAAAAACGUUCACAUUGUCAGACAUGAAACAUUGUUCAUCUGAUCCAUCAAGGAUCCACAGUUUUCCCUGCUCAGUUCAGUUGUAUUCCCUGCUCCUAAAUCCCACUGAACACUGGUUAAUGAAUUAGACUGAAGUGGAACAAUCACGUUGCC